CGGUGGUACCACAUCCUCCAUUUAUAACUCGUAUUCAUGAGAAGCUGACUGUGUGAUACCUCUAACGGUCUCUGCUGGUCAGAGAUUGCGCCUUGUCUCUAUGAUGGACAACGAAACAUCAUCUUGACCUUCACUCUUCAAUUUCUUAUGUUACGUCUCCGAGUAGGAGCAUAUGACAAAGUCAACAACUACCAUGACAAAUAUGUCGAGGACAGUUACAUGUUCAUGCCAAGUCUGAUACACAAAGAUCCUUUCCUUCAAUCAAAUAUCUAUUCUUCAACAUAGGGCAUUGCCUCAUCUGCGAUCGUGCAAGCAUGGCACCACCUCAAGCCAAUAUUUUCAUCACAUACAGCAAUCCCGAGGAGUUCAAGAGCCAGAAAAAUCGACAGGCUGUCUCUUCAUUCGCUUCGAGGAGUUAUCGUCCCACCUCGAAGAAGAUAGUUCUAGAACGGAACAACUAUCGGCCUUUUACGCUGCGUCAUGAUGGGCCAGCUUCUGCUUCGCCAGGUUCAAAUGACAAGAUCAAGCGAAGAACAAUUCCUGCAAAGAAACAUGCUUCUCCUUCCACGGCCGACGCACAGGAGACGCCAGCGUCGAGACAGAUACACCCACUCGAUGAGCGCGCCCUGGGUAGUCCCUCGGCGGACCCGUUCACCACUUACCCGAUAGCGUUCAAGCCUUAUGUGCCUUUUCUAGUAGACUACUUUAUUCGAUGCCUCACUCCUCGCUUUAGUCCCGCACUUGCUGUCGAAACUAGUCGGUAUCUCAUCUGGUUCAAUGUCGCCAUGCACCACGCCGAACUAUUCCAUGCCUUGGUCGCCUUGAGCCAAGUCUACUACGACAUCGACAUGAAAGGGUUCGGGACGACCCACUGGACUGCGCUGUAUCAUCGAGGCGAAUCACUCAAACAGCUUAGAGUCAAGGUUGAGAACGUGCAAUGCGCCGACGAUGAUGCGGCUAUCCUGACUGCCCUUUGGCUGAUGGACGUCGAUGCUGCCCAUGGUGAUCUUCAGGCAUACGCGAUGCACAAGAGAGCAAAAGAAAGGAUGGUCGCCGGACGUGGUGGGAUAAGGAGUCUCCACCCAGAAUUGCAGGACGAACUUCUAAAGAGUGAAUUUUUCCUACCCCUUUUAUUGCAUGGACGAUUCGUGUGCGACUUGACCUCGGAUGGCGACGUUUUGGUCCAGUUCAGAGAAAAUCGGCCUGUCCAGACAUCUAAACUAAACCGAUUUCCGAAGUUCCUGUCGAUUGUCAGCGACAAGGGUCUCCUGACUUCGCAAACGGUAAUUAUAUUGCACCGACUCUACGAUCAAGUGUCGAUUGAGCCUCAUCAAUCCGAGUCCGAUUCGCCCCUCAACGUCGGAGAUCCAAAUUUCAACGAGAUGAGUCGAGUGCUCCAGAUCGCGGAUGAGGUGCACCUUGAAUCCCUCGAGCAUCGCCUGAUGCUGGCGUUGUCAAUAUACAUAUUUAAUUUCCACAACCAGCCACAAAGCCUACCUAGAACGCGAGUUCCGUCGUCCACGUCGACCGGAACAGUCAGACACUCGCAUCUCAAGAUUUUGUCACAGGUCGCCCUCGAGCUAUGCCACCCUACGACCCCCACCACAGCAAAGACCGAAAGAGAAGUCACACUAUGGACGAUGUUGGCCAUUGCGGCCGCGUCGAGCUUCAGUCCCUGGAGGCUAGAGAUCCCCUUCAUGGGACACUUGAUUGACUGGAUGGACAAUGACGAGGUGGCAGAAGUCGAGCAACACCUAGAGACGCGCGAGUCACAUGCAACAACGAAAAACAAACCCGGUACCAUCUCAUCCUCUCCAGGAGCAAUGAGUGGCCACCAGACAAAUAAUCCCGUCACCAACUUGGAAAAGUUGACAACUUGUCUGAGAGGGUACUAUCUAUAUGGCGCAGAUAAGGAAACAUUAAAAAGUCUUCAAAAAUGGAAAAAUACAGGCCAAUCUCAUGGGUUACUAGAAUAUACAUGAUCUCAUGGUUUGCCAGAAUAUAUGCGAAUAUCAUAACCAUGUAUACUGUCAUGUAAAAUACAAAAUCACGACUACUCAAGGCUUUUGAAUCGAACCACGUGUUUAGAUCGUGUUACAUGAUGCUAUUACACUAUAGAAUACAGAUCAGAACACAUA